CAUUGAAACCAGGGAAACCAAAUGCUGCAACCAAAAGAAUCCAGAAAAAGCUAGCUUUCUUGCCAUGGCGGACAGUGGUUGGUACGUAGCCGCAGGUAUAAAUAGAUGGCCAUUGGUUUUGGUGUUCUCAAAAGCUUUCUACCACGCUACUUGGCUCUGACAAACAUGGCCGAGAGGUUUGAUGCAAGAUUCUUGUUCCACCUAGCUCUUUUGAGCUUGCUCCUUGGUUCGGCCAAUGGCAAUGGCCUGAAGUUUGGGUUCUACAAGACGUCGUGCCCGGACGCCGAGGCCAUAGUCCGGAAGACCGUAUCCAGUUACUUCUCUCGGGACCCCACUGUCUCUGCUCCGUUGCUUCGGCUGCACUUUCAUGACUGCUUUGUUAGGGGCUGCGAUGGCUCGGUGCUGCUCAACUCCACCGAGACCAAUUUGGCCGAGAAGGAGGCGAUGCCAAACCAAAGCCUCGAUGGGUUUUACGUCAUCGACGCUGCGAAAGCGGCACUGGAGAAAGCCUGUCCCGGGACGGUCUCGUGCGCAGAUAUCGUAGCUCUCGUAGCCAGGGAUGCUGUAUCCUUGGCUACAGGCCAAGGCAAUAGCCUCUACCAAGUCCACACCGGGCGGCGAGAUGGGUUCGUCUCCAAGGCUUCCGAGGCUGUAGCUAAUAUUCCAUCUGCCUUCUCAGACUUCGCCGAGCUGAAAGCAGAAUUUGCUUCCAAGGGACUAAGCGUGAAGGACUUGGCUGUCUUAUCAGGCGCUCAUGCGAUUGGUAACUCGCACUGUUUUUCCUUCGGCAAGAGGUUAAACAACUACAAGGGCAAAGGUGACAUCGAUCCAACUUUGGAUCCAAACUACGCAAUGGAAUUGCGAAACAAGUGCAGUCCGGGUAUCAACACGGUGGUGGAGAUGGUUCCGGGCAGCUCGACGUCGUUCGACACCAAAUACUAUGAUUUGGUGGCCAAGAGGAAGGGGCUGUUCCGUUCUGACGAGGCUCUCCUCCAGGACAAACGGACCAGAGAUUACGUUUAUUCUCGACUUCACGCCCCUGAGUCGAGCUUCUUCUACGACUUCGGCAAAUCAAUGAUGAAGAUGGGGAAGGUUGGAGUCCUCACAGGCAAUACAGGGGAGAUAAGAAGGAACUGUGCUUUGGUCAACCACUAGGUUGUCGAAUUCGUUGUGGAUUUUCUUGUUGUUCGUGAAUUUCUAAUAAACGCAGGAUUCAGUGCAUCGCCACUUUCUUCUUGUAUCAA